AUGGCGACCAAGAAAAAGCGAUCCGCGUCGAAGAAUCUCGCUGCCACUCGACCUCCUAUCACCCAGAAGCCAAAGUCUAUCACGAGAAAGCACACCAAGGCUCUGAUCAAUUCUCACCAUCAGCUGGAGAAACAGAAGCGUCAGGCUGUAGCAAACGGCGAUGCAUCUGCAGCGGCCGACAUCGAUCGACAGCUCGCAGCACUGGGAGGGCUGAAAAGCUACCAGCAAGCAAGCCUGCAAGGGCAGCGAAAGGACCGUGGUGGCGAUAGCUCGAGCGUGCUGAUGGAAUGGCUCAAAGCCGAGGUCCCUGGAUUGAAGGCACGGCCGCUCCGCAUGCUGGAAGUUGGCGCUCUGAGCACCGAGAACGCCUGCUCCAGGAGCGAGUGCUUCACGAUCGAGAGGAUUGAUCUACACAGUCAGGGGGAGGGCAUCCUGGAGCAAGACUUUAUGAAAAGACCUCUGCCGGGCGGUGACUCGGAACGAUUCGAUAUCAUCAGCCUCUCCCUUGUUCUCAACUUCGUGCCCAAUCAUCAGGACCGUGGGGACAUGCUCCUGCGGACUCUGGACUUUCUCGUUGACCCCAGUCCGCCGUCCAGCUCUUCGCCUACCAAGAGUUCGUUUCCGAGCCUCUUCUUGGUCUUGCCAGCACCGUGUGUCACCAAUUCACGCUAUUUGGAUGAAGACAAGUUGCAGGCUAUCAUGCGGUGCCUUGGCUAUGAGCAAGUCCAAUACAAGUCAACCCAGAGGCUGGUAUAUUACCUUUGGAAAAGAGUGCAGCAGAAACCGACAAAACUCCCCGUGUUUGCGAAACGGGGACUUCGCCCAGGAGCCAGCAGGAACAACUUCGCUAUUGCGCUACGCGGAAUCUGA